UAAAAGUCCGGCAGGGGAGAAGUUGCUGUAGAUAAAUUCAUUUCUAAUACAAAGAAUAAAGAUAACAGUUGCAGUCAUGUCUGUGAAUUAUGCUGCUGGUCUCUCUCCGUACGCAGAUAAAGGUGUCUGCGGACUGCCUGAGGUGACACAAUUAUUGGCACCCAUACUGUCAAUGAUUUGUACACUCUUCUUGCCCAUUGGAGAGCAUUUGGUCUUCUACAACGUUUAAUAAGAUUGGAAUAUAGCCAGAAAGUGAUCUUUGACCAUUUCUCUUCCACCUCCAAGGAUUGUCCAAAGUGUCUUGUCCUCUCUGAACACACAGGUGUUCUAUUGGAUUUAGGUCUGAGGACUGAGAUGUUCUGUGUUGAUUUGGCCAUAUAUUUUAGAUCGUUAUCCUGCUGAAAGACCCAGUGACAACCUCCAAAGAGUUCCUGGUUGCCAUGCACUCUAAUAAGCUUUGACAGUCCCGAGGAGCUAAAGGCAAAAGUGGAGAACAUUGCUCAACUGAUUAAAGAAUCUCAGUACUUGGUUGUCCACACUGGAGCUGGAAUUAGCACUUCAGCUGGCAUUCCUGACUUCAGGGGUCCCAAGGGUGUGUGGACACUAGAACAAAAGGGUGAGUCACCUCACUUUGAUACCACAUUUGAAGAUGCCCGUCCCAGCUUGACUCACAUGGCCCUCCUGGGACUGCAAAGGGCAGGAUACCUGAAAUAUCUCAUCAGCCAGAAUGUUGACGGUCUGCAUGUUCGAUCAGGCUUCCCCAGGGAUAAAUUAUCAGAGCUUCAUGGAAACAUGUUUGUGGAGGAAUGCGAGAAGUGUGGCAGGCAGUACGUGAGGGAAAAGGUGAUCGGUGUGAUGGGGCUUAAACCAACAGGACGUUACUGCGAGGUGGUGCGGUCCAGAGGGCUGAGGGCCUGCAGAGGAAAGCUGAUCAGCACCAUACUGGAUUGGGAGGAUGCUCUUCCUGACAGAGACCUGAACAGAGCAGAUGAUGCAAGCAGGCGAGCAGACCUGGCACUGACUCUGGGCACGUCCAUGCAGAUCAAACCCAGUGGGGACCUUCCACUCCUCACAAAGCGCAAAGGAGGGAAGGUGGUUAUAGUCAACCUGCAGCCUACCAAACAUGUUCAGCAGGUUACCAUGGUUGGGUGUGCUGCAUUUGGAUGCACCAAUCGGUCAGAGAAAGGAAUCCAUAUGUAUGGCUUCCCAAAAGAUCCUGAAAGAAGGAAAAAAUGGUUGGUUCAAGUCAGUAGAAGCAACCUCACCAUCACCAGAGGUCACAACAACAGGAAACUAUGUGCUGACAAACACGCCCAUAUACGUAUUCACGGUUAUGUGGACGAUGUCAUGAAGCAGCUGAUGGAGCUGCUGGGUUUAGAAAUCCCAAAAUGGGAGGGACCAACCAUCUGUGAGAGCUCCACCGGGCCGUCUGAGAACGCCGGAGAUGUCAAGCCUCCUCACAAUGUUUCUGCAAAGGGUGAGGUUAAAAAGGACGAAAUUAAACAGGAGAGGAAAAGAGAAGGAACACAGCUACUAGAGGAUGAGAGUGUAAAACACGAGACGGUUUUAGUAAAGAGAGAGCGAGUAGACUUUUCUUUGGAGACAAAUGAGGAGAAAUAAUCUCGGGAGUUUUUUUUCCUCCCCUCAGGACACGUCUAAAACCCCAAACACCAACACAUCCAGAAACGUAUUCUUUAGCUGAAAGUUUGAUCAGCUUCAGAAAGCGCAGGAAGUCUGUCCCAUUUUACGUCAUCUGGAAGAAAAAUAUGUUUCACGAUGAAGCCUUUAUGACACUCCCCUCGCUGCUGUAAUGAGCACCGAUGAUCUGAGUCAGGCUCAGAUGAAGCCUCACUAAUGCACGCUGGAAGUGUUUCUCUUAAUAGGAACACAGCUGAAUACACACAUACUGAGGUAAGAUGUUUAGGGUAACAUUCUGUCCUCCAUCCAACUCAAAGCAUUAUAUCUCUGGGUGAACAAGUUUAACAGGACAGUACAACGAGAUGAGAUCUGGAGCAUGUCAUUACAGAUAAAGUUUUUAAUAAGGUGUGUAAGUUUGCUGCACCUUAUUAAUAUUUAUGGCAUGCGCUCCAGAUCUUGUCCCUGCAGAUCUCGCCUUUUAAGUCUCCUUGGUUUGAUACAUUAUGAAAAGGAAUAUCAAGUGAGCUGCUUCUCCGAGUCUGGCUGACUAGCAGCUACAGUGCAUGCAUACAGUGGGGGUUUAGAGGUGCGGUGGGCUGGGCUGGGAUUUUAGGUCAUGUUGGAUUUUUGAACCAUGAUUGAAUCAUAAUCACGCUGUAUGUUUCUAGGAACGAGGUUUAAUUGUAGAAAAGACAGUGGUAGUCUGCAAGAAAAGAUUUCCUUUUAAGAUUAAUGUUUUUCCUGUUUUUACACUGUAUGCUCUGUACACAUGUUUAGAUAGUAAAACCAUAAAGUUUGUGUAAAAACUG